UCUCGAUCCUGGUAUUUCGAAUUGGUGAAGUCUGGCGCACAAGGAAACUCCGGGAUAUUCUGCCAUUUCCAGUUUUUUCUUAGAUGUUUUGGAUCGUAAAACCCUCCUAGAAAAAAGCUGUAGGGUUGUGUGCGUGUACAGCCGAUGUAGUGUAAAACGAGGCUAUUGCGACAGUUUUCAGUUUUUACCUGGUGUUGCUGGUCCAAUGCACGAUAAGCCAGACCCCAGACCUCAUUAUCUCGCCACGGCUUGGGACCACAGACCGGACAGGUCACCGACAACGUGCAGUGAACAUUGAGUUACAUGAUGGGUAUUGAUGGAACAGGCCCUGGCUGGCCGCUGAAGCCCAGCUCUGGUAUGAACUGGAAGGAGCUGGGUGAGAACGAUGACCUGGCCACCAGCCUGGUCCUUGACCCCUACCUCAACUUCACCACGCACAAGAUGAACACAAGGUUCCGCCCUGUGGAUGCAAGGAAGGAAUACCUUCGGGACAUCAUCCUGCGCUUCAAGAAGUCCCACAACUACGAGCGGGCCUACAAGGGCCUGGUGUCGGGCGACUGGGCCAGGGUCUUCUUCCUUAACAAGUCCAAGCACCAAGUGACCAUCUUCAAGCAGCAUGUGUUUCGCUAUCUGGCGAUGUUCGACAAGACGUCUGGGUUUGAGGUGAAGCCCUGCUUCCGCUACUCUUUGGAAGGGGCAGGAGGAAAAAUUGUGGCGACCCGGGUUUGGAGUAAGAGUGAUACGAUUCUCAACCUGGUGGGCUGCAUCGCCGAGCUGACAGAGUGCGAGGAGAACUCCCUCAAGACGGGCGUCAACGAUUUCAGUGUCAUGUUCUCGACCAGGAAGAACUGUGCCCAGCUGUGGCUGGGCCCGGCAGCCUUCAUUAAUCAUGAUUGUCGGCCAAACUGCAAGUUUGUUUCUACGGGUCGCGACACAGCCUGUGUCAAAGUACUACGGGACAUUGAACCCGGAGAGGAAAUCACCUGUUUCUAUGGCGACGGAUUCUUUGGGGAAGGCAACUGUCACUGUGAAUGUGAAACCUGCGAGCGGAGGCAGAUGGGUGCCUUCACCCCCAAAGACAUGCCGGUUAAGAUUGAUGAGAACAAGUACAGCCUGAGGGACACCGACCGACGGCUGCGCUGGCAGAAAGCCAAGAAUGAAGAGGAGGGCGGGCCCAGCCAGGAGGAGGGCAGUGUGGUGAAGAGUGUGUUGCCCUCUCGGCUGCUGCGGAGAAGUGAUUCCGAAUGUAGCGGAAGCUCUGAUGGUAGCAGUUGCCCCUGGAGUCGCUCGCGCUCCUCCCAGCCUCUCUCUCCAUCCUUCUUGGCUAACCAGACCCUGGUGGACCUCAUUGCUGAGAAGAAGUGCCUCUCAAAGUACGAUGCUCAGCUGCUGGUGGCAGAGGGCUACAAACUCAGGGAAGCCAAGGUGGUCCUGACGCCCCACAAGAUCAAGGAGGAUGGCACACUGACUGUGGAGGAAGGGGGUGUGAGGUACGCCUCCAGGCUGCGCAGGGAGGAGCGGAGGAAGGCUGGCAGGGAGGGCCGUGAGAGGCGGAUGUCACUAAAUGAGGAGCCUGUGCCCUCGCCUAGGGUCGAGGAGGCUCACCUGAAUGGGGGCAUAGUUGACACGGAGGCAGUCGAGUGUGUGGCUGCUUCCAGGACAGAACGGAGGCGGUCCAGGGAGUCUCGCAAGCGAAGGGUGUCUGCGACAGAGGAAAUGCAGGAAUUAUCGAAGCUUCCCCGAGAAACCUGUCUGGAUCCAAGUGGAGGGGUGGAGGGGGUGAGCAGUGUCCCUGGUCUGAGGUCUAGGUCCGGGUCGGUGGCAGCGGUGGGAUUGGCCCUGGACCAACAGUCCAAUUGCAGUAGCUGUGACACCGAGGUGACGUUUAAUGUCAGACAUUUGUCAAAGGCUCCGAAGGCCAUUGAGAAAGAUUUGACGUACGAAUCAGAGAUCUCGGACUGCGAGACGAAGCUUAAGAUCCGGGGAGUGCCGAGAGAUCGGGCCAUUGCAGGGAAGCGCAACCUUCUAGAUGAUGGGCCUGCCAGAACUAAUCGACAUGGGGGAAAGAGGGAGCGCAGAGAGACAGAUUGUAGCAAAAACUGUAAGGAUCUGAAAGUUAAGCAUGGCAAGUCAGAGGGAUUAGAAGUGCCGCCUCUCAUUUUACCCAAACGCAAGAUGACAAAAUACGACGCGGAAUUAAUCGCUGAAGCAGUGCAAAAAAUCCCCAAGUUGAAAAUCCGUAUGAAAGAUUCUAAUGGCUGUAUAGAGGAAGUUGUCACAUCGUCAGAGGAUGAGGUGUCACCAAGACAGCAUUCAGUGUCGUGCGAAAGCAGCUCCAUCACCACUAGUCAAGACCAGAAACUUCUCCUUGAUGUCCCCGACUCCCCGAGUCGCCUGACUCGAGGGCAGCGGGUCCUCAUCCCCGGACCCAAACUCCCCCAGUCACCUACCUCCACCUCCAAGACUGAUUCCCCUCCAGCUUCCCCGAGUCUCCUCAGGGCACGGGCUAAUUUGAAGUUUAACUCACCGGAGCGGAAGAAGACAAGCCACCAGUUUGUACCUCGGAUGUCGCAGCUGCGUCACCUUUAUGAGAUCCCUCCCCAUCCCAUCCUCCAGAAGGUUGACAAAAGCGUGCCUCCAAAGCAUAUUAACUCCAGCGAUGUCAAGACCUUCUAUCCCUCCUUUCCGGACAGUCCAAAAACAGAGCAUCUGAGCGAUGUGCUCAAAUCAGAAGAGAGUCCUUCCCAGACCUUCCAAGUGUCAGUGAAGCCGGUCGAUAACAGGAACACCCGCAAAAUCCGACUGAUAUUUGGACAAAGGACGAUGGACAUUCAGUUGCCAAAAACGGGAAAGUGUUAUCCCACAAAAUCGAAACCUUUAUGAUGGACAUUAAAGAAACAGCACUUUCUCUAGCAUUAGGUUAAUAAUUGACAUUUCCUGUACUGAAAUCGAUUGCUAAAUCCGACAAAAGUGAAAACAAAUUGUCCUGUGUUUGUGAAUAUAUUAGUAACAGUGCUACCAAGUUGAAUGAAUUCUUUUUAAUGUUUUCACUUAUUCUUGGAUAUAUCUCUUGAAUUCCUAAACAAGUACUGAUGCAUAUUAUCAUUAUUAUUCCCACCUGUUUCUGUCCGUCAUUGAAUAUUGGAAGUGAACUGAGGUAGUAUUGCGUGAUUGACUCUUGUUCUUGGACUUGAGUGGAGAAGAGAGAGCACUCUGUUACCCAGGAAAGCAUGCUUGACCGAUUUUCAUCCCAAUGUGCACAAAGCUGCAGGGGUCUGGGCAUAGUUGUUUGGUGCCGACGUGUACCGGUAGCAGCAACCUGCAGUGGUGUUCAGGUCCCAGGCGAGUCCCAUUUUCACCAGACUGUGUCAGGUAUCCCAAUAUCAGCCCCCUCAACUGGAGGAAUACACGUAGGUAGGGCGACAGUUGAAUGCCACUGGUAAGGCACGCUCACGUGUGUGUGUGCUGGAGCUGUGAGAAGACUUCUUGUGCAUACUCGGUGCUCCACCCGUGCAUAGAAGUACACGUCUGCAGUUUGUUACCCUUAGGAGCUUGUUGGGGCUGUGGGAUAUACCACACCAUGAGCAUGUUACAACACUUUACACACUGUACCCUCCAAUGGAACUUCUGAAUGUGAUAAACCUGAUCUCAUUCAUAUAUGACUAAUUUUGAGCACAGUAGACCCUUUGUCUUUCUUGUUAAGUUUGAGGAAUUGUACUGCAUUUGUUUUUGAUAAAUUCAGUUGUAAUUUGCCGUUUUAACACCUGAUCUCACUCCUAGACAAUGAAGUAAUGGUAACAUUGUGCAAACCCUAAAGUUUAUAUUCAGUGUUGAUUAUGAAUAUUGCUAUUAUAACAAUAUAUAUAUUUGCCCAGUGUAUACAUAGUGUUAAUUUCACUGAGACAGUUGUAUAAUAGAAGAAUUUUUUAUGUUAUUUAUUUUAAUGUUGGUGCAGCUGGAUGCACCCGUAGUUGGCCAUUUUCAUCACUAGGCGCCUUUCAUGAUCAUGUACAGUGGCCCAGGCCCUCCUGGAUUCAAAAGUUGCAACUUUGUUGUUGAAACUGGCGAACUUAAAUUUCCUUGCUUUGUUUUUUCUCCCGAAGUCUGUUGGAUUCAGUGGGCGUCAUAUUUUGCUGUCUCGGUUGUCUGCUCGAUUAGUCAGGGCAUGUGAUCAGCAUCUGGAGGGGGCAGAGUUAAUUGGAAAUCUGAUGGUGAAGAUCACGUCAGCUUUAACCCUGAAAAGUUAUUACAGACUGGGUGGCUUAGCAGUGGAAAAUACGUAAUUUACAAUCAGCUUCUGCUCAAGUAAACUCAAAUAGAUUCAUUAUUGACCCCACUCCUCACUGAUCCCUUCACAUUUGAUGAGGAGGUUGGCUUGAUUUUGUUAGAUUGAGGAAGAUACUAUCUAGCUAACUGGGUGCUUUGUGCAUCGAGGCACAGGUAUAACAAUUUGAGGAAUACCUGUACAUGCAUAAACUCCCAAGUUGAUCCGGCUGGCCCAGUGCAGAGCUGUAAAUAGAGAGAGUACCACCAACCUCGGACUGUGGAACCAAAAUGGCUGUUUAUUAUGUGUGCAGUAGCAGCAGCACAGAAUGCAGCUAUUGUGUGUUUAUUGACCGUGUGCAGAGAUGCAUAAUCCACCAUUUUGGUUCCAACGAUUGAGACAUUCAUGUCACAACUCUCUCUUUGAACAGCACUGGCCCAGUGCAGUUCUGUUUUUGAAACUGUAAUACGAAGCUGCAUUUUGGUUGAUGUUUCAUGCAGCUUUAACAUAAAUGCUUGAAGUUCACUGUAGUCUGAGGUGAAAUUGUAACCAAGAAUUGGAACUGGACAAGACUAUGUCUGUGCAAGGGUAGCCUACAACUGAAUGAUAAAAGCUUAACCCUAACCAUGCUGAACCCAACAAGGUUAUGCAAUUAAAGGGUAGAAGCAAUGAGUUAUUCAUAGGUACAUUUUUUUACCUGCAACUUUCUCACCCUUCUACAAUGUAGGAAAAUUAGCCGACGUCCCAUUUUAGGUUAAAUGUACAUGUAUUGAACAAAUGCACUUUUUAAAAGCUGAGGGCGCUGUUGCUGUGAUGUCAUCUAGGGAAGACAUAGUUCAGUGCGUAGGUUUUUUUUCUGUUCAAAUUUUUGAAACGAGAAUAAUAGACCCACUGGAAAAACAUUACUGAGAAGGGGUUUGCUUGCAUCUGUAUUGCUAGGCGUUUCAACGCAAUGGAUCAGAAAGAAAGGAACCUUUAGGUCCAAUGGGACAGGUUUUCUUCUCGGGAUGAAGUCACAGUUUGUUCAUGAAUAUAGAAAUCUAUUUGCAAACCCUAAAAGUCAGCAAAUAUCCUUUAAAAUAGUAAAACAAGCAUUUCAUAAUAUGAGGUUAACUUGGACACAAAGGGGCAUGUGGAGAUACGCAUUUGAAUUUUUUUCCAUUGGAGACCCUUUCACAACUUCUAAAAUUGAAGCAGGACAUACCUGAUUAGAACUCCUGUGGCUUUAUCUUCAGCCUGCAGUUGACCAGAUGUCAAUUAAUGAGCUCAUCUGAAAGAAAACCUGUUAAUACCCAAAGUGAAAGUACUGUUUUAGGGAGUAAUUUCUGGAUUUUAAAGAAAUAUGCAACAGUUUAGUUAACUCGGUUAGCCUCUUUAAACGAUUCGUUCAAUAAUUCCUCAAUUUUCACCUGGCCAAUUGUAUUAAUUAAAUUUAAUCGGACACUGUCGUGUCAGAGUAAUUUCAGGAUUUUUCUCUGCGACUUCCUACCCAAACAUCCAAAUAAAAUCUGACUGGAUAAAAAUA